AUGUGUGUAGGAGAUGACUACGAGGCGAAGUACGAGCCAGAUCCAUGGGGUGAGGAAGUCGGCUCCAAUGCUCGUGUCUGGAGAGUAUAUCUCGACGAGGCAGAAGCUUACGACUCCGAGAUGACCGAGCAGUGGAAAGACACAGUCGACGUGCUUCUUGUCUUUGCCGGUAUAUUCUCCGCCGUUGUGACGACCUUCGUAGCCCAAACGUCUCAAUCUUUGCAGGCCGACUACACACAGACGACCGCUUCGCUUCUCACCGAGCUUGUCGCGCUGCAGCGCGCCGCUGCUCAAGGCCUUUCUCCUGACUCUGUUCCAGCGUCGCCUUUGAACGCCACUACGCCGUUCAGUUCUGCUCAAUCCGAUCGCAUCAUUAACGGCUUCUGGUUCGCGAGUCUUGCACUAAGCCUCUCCACGGCUCUAAUCUGCAUCCUGGUCAAACAGUGGUCUCAGAACUAUACCUCUACGAUAUCUGGAACUCCUAAAGAGCGCGCCUUCCUUCGACAGAUGCGCUUUGCCGGAGUGAAUAAGUGGUGUGUCCGUGAUAUCGUAGGGGUCCUGCCCCUUCUACUCCAUGUUUCGCUGCUGCUUUUCUUCAUUGGCCUUGCCACCUUUCUGUUCCCCCUG